AUGGAAGACCCUAAUCAGCAUGUGGGCCACAACCUCACGCCCUGGAAGAGCGCAGAACCAACGCUCAAGAAACGCUCAUUUAGACGACUAUCCUUUUUCAAACCAGCCGAGGACCAUCCAUCUGUGUCACCCGUGUUAACAACUAACACCAUAAAUAAAGAAUACGACCCAGAAACUGGAAAUAAAAUUAUUAAUAACUUUAUGAUUAUCAAAGAAAUUGGAAGAGGCAUGCAUGGCAAGGUCAAAUUGGCUGAAGACCUUGACACAGGAGAGCUUGUUGCAAUCAAAAUCGUCGACAAGCAAUCCAGAAGAAGACAAUUGGGUUACAGUGUACUCAGAGCGAAAAAUGGAGAAGAUUCCUAUGUGGAAAGCGAGCAGAAGAUCAGAAGGGAAAUUGCCAUCCUCAAAAAGUGUGCUCAUCCGCAUGUGGUUCGUCUGAGAGAGGUGAUUGAUGAUCCCGCUAGCAGAAAAAUCUAUUUAGCACUGGAGUACAUGGACGGCGGUGAAAUUGUUUGGAGAGAAGACGAUGAAAGCAACACGCCCGUAUUGACCAUGGAUGAGGCUCGCAGUAUAUUUAGGGAUGUAGUCAGCGGAUUGGAUUAUCUGCACUACCAGGGCAUUAUUCAUCGCGAUAUCAAGCCUGCAAACUUGCUGCUGACGCAUGAUGGGAUUGUCAAGAUUUCAGAUUUUGGCGUCUCGUAUUUCAAUCAACAUUUGGCCGGAUCAAAGAAUCAGUACGACGAUGAGAUCGACAGGGAUUUGGCAGAGACAGCUGGAACACCCGCUUUUUUCGCCCCUGAACUUUGCAGUUCAUUAGAGAACAAUCACCACGACGAUAGACACAUUACAAAGGCCAUUGACGUAUGGGCGCUCGGAGUGACGCUUUACUGUCUACUCUAUGGUCAAUGUCCAUUCACAGCUUCUACAGAAUUCGAACUAUUCGACAUUAUUCCCACUGCACCGCUCAAAUUCCCUCAAGAAACGCCUGACAAUUUGGUCGAUUUACUGGAAAAGCUGCUAGCCAAAGACCCGCAAGAAAGAAUCACAUUAGAACAAGUCAAGCGCCAUCCGUGGGUGAUUGAGGAUCUAGAGGAUCCAACGAUUUGGUGGCGAGAAGCGGAUCCAACCCUCUAUAAGGCAGUAGAAGUAACAGAUGAAGAAGUGAAUCGAGCUGUUACCAUCAUGGAUAGAUUGAAGAAAUCGAUUCGACGUAUAUCCUCUUCACUCUCUAACCUGACGCAUAGCUUUUCUCGAAAGAGCUCAACCACCUCCUCUAUACCUUCCUCAUCCGACAUUCAUCCUUCCCCUACCAACACAACAUCUACCACCAAUACCACUGCCACAACACAUCACGAAGAAAAACUACAGCAACAGCAGCAUUUCGACAAUGGCUGGAAACCGGCAUCCUUUCACUCGUUCGGCGAUUCCGAUGACGAACAAGUUCAAAAUGAGGAAUUGGAGCCGCCAUUACCAAAUCAUAUAUAUCAGCACCAUCCUUUUCAAAUUGAUAGAAAUGACUCUUCCGGAUCAUCCAUGUCUGGCCUCGUUGUGACAUUCAGUCGAAAUAAUUCAUAG